AUGUUUUCGUAUCAAAGAGGGCAAUUCGAUCUGGUUAUCCACAACGGGCUUGUCGUUGUGGGUUCCGACGUGAUGCCACCAUCAACGUACAUUGGUAUCAAAGGUGGCGUCAUCGAACAGAUCUCAGCAACACCGCUCACGGGAAAAAAAAUUAUAGAUGCCGAGGGAGGCUAUAUCAUGCCAGGCGGUAUUGACUCGCACGUCCAUCUGUCCCAGAAGAACACUCCUGCUGGUGACACUUUUGAAUCUGGAACACGUUCUGCUCCUCCGGGAGGGACUACCACGGUGAUCCCAUUUGCAAUCCAGAACUCCAAAGAGGAUUUUGACUUGGUUUCUGCUGUUGAAGAGUACCACACAGUGGCAAAAAAUAGCUCCUAUUGUGAUUAUGGGUUCCACGUGAUCAUUUCCAAUCCCACUGACGAAAUACUCAAGACCCAGCUUCCCCUGCUGGCUCAGCAGCACGGAAUCACCUCGGUUAAAGUGUAUACGACGUAUCCUCGGUAUCGUCUUUCCGACGAGCAGGUACUCGAAAUUCUCUUGUCGAAUCGCAAAUUGGGAAUCACUACAAUGAUCCAUGCGGAAAACGCAGAUAUCAUUGACUUCAUAGGCAAAAAACUGGAGGAGAAGAAACUUACGGAUCCGUUUUACCACUCUGAGAGUCGUCCAAAAGUAGCUGAGGACGAGGCCACUUAUCGGGUCAUUUCUUUAUCCAAAAUGAUAGAUGUUCCUAUUCUGAUUGUGCACAUGUCAUCUGAAACGGCAUUGGCGACCGUUAGAGAUGCACAAAACAAUCUGGUGCCAAUAUUUGCAGAGACUUGUCCACAGUAUUUAUUUUUGACAGCUGACUACUUGAAACACCAGUGCUCACAUCAUGUCCACAAAGAUGAUCCUUUUGAGGGUGCCAAGUACAUUUGCUCGCCACCAUUGAGACAAUCUCAAGCUGAGCUCGAUGGCGUGUGGAAAGCCAUUCAAAACGGAACGGUGACAGUGUUCAGCAGCGACCAUGCUCCAACUAUUUACGACCAUCCGCUAGGAAAAAAAGCUGGUUUGGUGAAUGGGAUUCCCCACUACAAAAAGGUACCAAAUGGCCUACCGGGCAUUGAGACGAGAAUGCCUUUGCUCUUUUGCAAAGGUGUUGAGACAGGUAGAAUUACUGCACAACGGUACGUUGAACUGUGCUGCUCGAACCCUGCAAAAUUGUACGGCCUAGAUAAGAAGGGAACGAUUGCUGUUGGCAAGGACGCAGACUUUGUUAUUUGGUACCCUAAAGGUAAAAUGGCACCAUUCGUUCUGAGUAACUCAAUGCUCCACCAUGGCAUAGACUACUCGCCUUUUGAAGGAGUGGAAUUUACAAACUGGCCAAGAUACACCAUUUUGCGGGGUUGUGUGGUCUGGGAUAGAGAUAACGGCGGUCUGAUGGCCUCAAAAAGCACAGGCCAGUAUGUAAAGCGGACAGGGUCCAGCAUGCCCGGCCCUAUGGGCAAGUUGUCCUAUAUUUUUGAAUAG